AGGAACGUUCAAAGUUUAAACAAUCCUACCUCUUCGGGAUGAUUUCAGAGCCAAAGUCGUUUGCUGUUGGAAAUCUCCACCUCAGAAGUUUCAACAGAACGUCUGUCUUGAACACAUAGACUCCCAUUGAUGCAAUAUACGGUGACUGCUUGGCUUCUUGCUGAGACAAACCUACAUGAGUCGUAUCCACUCGCUGGGGAAAACAUAGCAACAUCGGGAAUCACU